AUGGCGGCGGCGCUCCUCUCCCCGGCUUCCCCCCUCCCUCGCUCCUCCUCCUCUGCGGUCCACCCCAGGAGCAAGGGCGCGGCUGGCGCAGCAGGGUGCGCUCCGCCGUCCAGGAGGAGGGCGGUCUCGUGCUCGUGCGCGCCCGAUUCGUGGAGCCGCGGGCUGGAGAGGAGGCAGCUCGUGCUGUCCGGCCUCGUCUCCUCCUUUGCGAUUGUUCUCCCGAUUACAGUGGCAGAAUCGUGCGCUGCUGCUACCGAGGUGGACGACGACGGCGUGAAGAUGGCCAUGCUGGUAGAUGAGACCAACGCCUACUCUUUCCUUUACCCGGUUCAGCUGCCAGGGAAGAAAACCUCCUUCAGAUGGGUAGAGUCCAGGAAAUCGGAGCGAUAUUCCUCUGCGGCGCCACUAUCUCAGGGAGGCGAACCUGACAAACUCUUUGCAGCUGAUGCACGGCAACGCAUCGUAUCGGAGCGCCUCGACAUGAUCAACAAUGCCGUCAUCUCUGUCUCGAUUGGGCCACCAAGCUCACGCUUUCUACCUUCGAAAGACAAGACCACUUGGGCUGCAAAAAAUGUCGCUGAUUGCGUUUUGUCUGACAAAUCUUCAUUGAAGGUAACAACAAGCCAGCGAAUGGCGGAGAGUUCUGUCCUUGAUGCACACACAGAAGAUGUUGAUGGAGAGCCAUACUGGUACUAUGAAUACAUUGUUCGGAAAUCACCAACAAAAUCGGUUGGCUUUGUUCACUCCCCUUUCUUUUCACUAGGUUUUCUCUACUCGUUAAAUGCCUCCACUCUCAGCAAGCAGUGGGAAUCUUCGAGCUAUUUCAGAGGGCAGCGGCAGGAUCCUUCCGCCGAUGCCGCCACCCGGCCCGGUUACAGGAGGGACAGAGGCGGCCGCAAGCGGCUGACGGCGCAGAAAAGGAAGGAGAUCAAGGAGGCCUUCGAUCUCUUCGACACCGAUGGCUCCGGCACCAUCGAUGCAAGGGAGCUCAACGUCGCAAUGAGAGCGCUGGGGUUUGAGAUGACGCCGGAGCAGAUCCAGCAGAUGAUCGCGGAGGUGGACAAGGACGGCAGCGGGACGAUCGACCUGGACGAGUUCAUACACAUGAUGACGGACAAGAUGGGGGAGAGGGACGCCAGGGACGAGCUCCACAAGGCCUUCCGGAUCAUCGACCAAGACGGCAACGGGAAGAUAUCGGACAUGGACAUCCAGCGGCUGGCCAUCGAGGCCGGCGAGCACUUCACGCUCGACGAGGUCAGGGAGAUGAUCCAGGCCGCCGACGAAAAUGGUGACGGCGAGGUCGACCUGGAGGAGUUCAUGAAGAUGAUGAAGCGGACGGGCUUCGGCACCGGAUAUUAG